AUGCAAAAUUAUUUUUUUAUAUUGAAUAAAAUACAUAAUUUAAAAAAUAUAUCUAAAAAAUAUAAAAUAAAAGAUUUUUUUUUUAUAAAUUAUCAAAAACAGUUCUAUUUUUUUAUGAAAAAAAUGGAUGAUAUAUCAAAUGUUAAUAAUGUAGAUAUAAAUGAUAAGAAAAAAGAAAAAAAAGCAAAAAAGUUGGCUGAAAAAGAAAAAAAAUUAGCUAAGAAAGCAGAAAGAGAAAAUUUAAAAAAUGAAACAGCAAAAAUACUAGAUUAUGUAUGUGAAGAUAUAAAUAAAGAUAAUUAUGGCUACCUUAAUGUAAUAAAUAUGAAAUUGAACGAUAUUAAAUUAUAUAAUUUAGAGACACUAUAUAAUUUAUUAUUAAAUGAAUGCACAGAGGAAUUUAAAAGGGAAGAUAAUAAUACUACUCCUAUUUCAAAGGAAGAUAAAGAAAAAAAAAGAAAUGAAUUAGAAGACAUUUUAAAAAAUAAUAUAUGGAUAAGAGGUAGAAUACAUGAUAUUAGAGGAAAAGGUUCUUUAUCUUUUAUAAUUUUAAGACAUAAAAUUUAUUCACUUCAAUGUAUUUUAGAUAUUAACAAUAAUAACAAUGAUAAGAACAUGAUAAAGUGGGUUAACAACUUAUCUUUAGAAUCAAUAGUUGAUAUAUAUGGAAAGUUAAUUAAGCCAGAAAUACCAAUUGAUAGUACCAAUAUUAAAUAUGAAAUACAUAUAAAUAAAAUUUUCUGUAUAAGUAAAACAGUUAAAGAAUUACCAUUCUUAUUAAAAGAUGCUAAUAUGAAAGAAACAUCUGAAGAAUCAACAAUAAAAGUUAAUCAAGAUAAUAGACUUAAUAAUAGAUGUAUUGAUUUACGUACUUAUGCAAAUUUCAGUAUUUUUUAUCUUCAAUCACAAAUUUGUCAAAUAUUUAGAAAUUUUCUUAUCCAAAAUAAUUUUAUAGAAAUACACACACCAAAAUUAUUAGGGGAAAGUAGUGAAGGAGGAGCAAAUGCAUUUCAAAUCAAUUAUUUUAAUCAAAAUGGUUAUUUGGCUCAAUCUCCUCAAUUAUAUAAGCAAAUGUGUAUUAACUCGGGAUUUGAUCGAGUAUUUGAAAUAGGUCCAGUUUUUAGAGCUGAAAAUAGUAACACAUAUAGACAUUUAUGUGAGUAUAUAUCUUUAGAUAUAGAAAUGACAUAUAAAUAUGACUAUAUGGAAAAUGUAUAUUUUUAUGAUUCUUUGUUUAAACAUAUAUUUAAAGAACUAACUACUUUAGGAAAAAAUGAUAUGUUUAUUAAAACAAUAAAGAAUCAAUACCCUUCUGAGGAUUUUAAAUGGCUAGAUGUGACACCAAUAUUUACAUAUGAAGAAGCAAUAAGAUUAUUAAUAAAACACAACAAAUUAGAUUUAAAAGAAGAAGAUAUUCUAAAUUAUGAUUUAACUACUGAUAUGGAAAAGGAAUUAGGAAAAAUUAUUAAAGAUUCUCAUAAUACUCAUUAUUACAUAAUUAUCAAUUUUCCUUCUUCAUUACGUCCAUUUUAUACUAUGUAUGAUGAGAAGAACCCGAAAAUUUCUAAUUCUUAUGAUUUUUUUAUGAGAGGUGAAGAAGUUUUAUCUGGAGCUCAAAGAAUUAAUGAUGUGAAUUUAUUAUUAAAUAAUAUAAAAUCAUUAAAUUUGGAUUCUCAAAAACUAAAUUUUUAUAUAGAUUCUUUUUCAUAUUCCUCCUAUCCUCAUUCAGGUUGUGGUAUAGGUUUAGAAAGAGUUCUCAUGCUUUUUCUAGGAUUAAAUAAUAUUAGAAAAACUUCAUUGUUUCCAAGAGAUCCUAAAAGGUUAAUACCUUAA